CUCAGCCCCCAGACCUUCUCACACACCGUCUGGCACUUCCUCUCCAUCCUGCAGGAGCACUUCGGCAGCAUGGUGGGGGCCAACACGUACCUCACACCGCCGGGGACGCAGGGCUUCGCCCCCCACUACGAUGACAUUGAGGCCUUCGUGCUGCAGCUGGAGGGAAAGAAGCACUGGCGUGUCUACGGCCCCCGGGUGGACGCUGAAGUGCUGCCCCAGUUCUCCAGCGCAAACCUCACCCAGGCUGAGCUUGGCGAGCCCGUGCUGGAGACGGUGCUGGAGGCCGGGGACCUGCUGUACUUCCCCCGUGGCUUCAUCCACCAGGCUGCCUGCCUUCCUGAUGCGCACUCCCUCCACAUCACUGUGUCCUCCUACCAGAGGAACUCCUGGGGGGACCUCCUGGAGAAGCUCCUGCCAGCUGCCCUGCACAUGGCCCUGGAGGAGGACAUGGAGUUCCGGCAAGGGCUUCCCAUGGACUACCUGGGAUAUAUGGGGGUUGCCAACUCGGACAAAGUUGACGCUCGCCGAACAGCCUUUGUGAAGAAGGUACAGAGCCUGAUGGAGAAACUUGUUGACUAUGCACCCAUUGAUGCUGCCGUGGAUCAGAGAGCCAAGUUGUUUCUUCAUGACUGUCUCCCCCCAGUGCUUACGCAAAGUGAAACGCUGAAGAGUGUGUAUGGCUUCCCAGCCAGGUGGCAAGACGGAGGCCCCUGCAAUGUCGAUAUUCUGAUAACAAAAGACACAGAAGUCCGUCUCCUCCACCAUGGCAUCAUUAGACUGUGUAAUGAAGAAGCAGGGGUGAUGCUGUAUUACACAACGGAAAACUCAAGAACGUAUCAUAAGGAAGAACCCAAGUUUCUGGAGCUGGGUCCCGAGUAUAUAGACAGCAUCGAAUUUCUCCUGUCUUCCUAUCCAAACCACAUCAGUGUGGAUGCCCUUCCAUGUGAAACCUUGGAGGACAAGAUAUCUCUAGCCGCGCUCCUGUUUGAGAAGGGCAUUCUGACUACAAAGAAGCCUCUGGUGCAAGUGUAACUUUUUUUAGCAAAAUAAACACGUUUGUUUAGAA